CAGCGAUCGGCAUAGACGCCCUCUUCGGAGACCUUGCGAGGACGGUUGCCGCUUCCGCCUGCCCCUGUAAUUGUAUACAUUGCCCUCCAAGUCCCCGCAGUUGUCAGUGAUCAGUAAGAGCGGCAGAGAUGGCGGCGGCGGCUGGGUUGAGGGCGUCUUACCACCGAGCCCUGGAUAAAGUAGAGCUCAUGCUGCCUUCCAAGUUAAGACCUUUCUACAAUCACCCGGCAGGACCCCGGACUGUGUUUUUCUGGGCUCCCAUAAUGAAAUGGGGUCUGGUGCUUGCAGGAUUAGCUGAUAUGAGGAGACCUCCAGAGAAACUGAGUCCAGCCCAAUCUGGUGUACUAAUGGCUACAGGACUGAUAUGGUCACGCUAUUCUCUAGUGAUUAUACCGAAAAACUGGUCUCUGUUCGCUGUUAACUUCUUUGUUGGCUGUGCAGGAGGUACCCAGCUGUUCAGAAUAUGGAGGUACCAUCAAGAACUAAAAGUAAAUGCCAUUGAAGAUCAACCGAAAGCAGAGCCAUGAACAAUAUUGCCUAAACAUAAUUUUUAAUAUCUAAGAAGACAAGCAGUAGAUAUUAUUUUCCGGUACAGCUGAAGGUUUUGCUGUACUGUUAAAAAAUAACAUUAAAUGGUUUAUUGGACUGAUUUUUAUAAACAAUAAUGUUCUUCCUUAAAUUAAUAAACUUAACUUUUAACAGUG